AACCGCAUAGCGCAUGCGUCAACCGCAUUUGCUUUCCAAACGUCGCCCAGUGAGGUCGUGAACUAUUCGCGUCACAGUUCUAGUUAAGUUGAUAUUUAUCUAGUGAAUCAUUUUGUUGUUUUUACCAGUGAUCAUUUUUUGAGGAAUAAGCAAUGGCUCGUGUAUGCGUGAUUGGAGCGGGUGCGGCCGGUCUGUGCGCAGCUCGCCAUCUCCUCGAAGAGCCCUGUGUCAGCCAUGUGGACAUCCUGGAGCAAGCGCCACAGCUUGGCGGCACCUGGGUGUACACUGAGAAUGUGGGAUAUGACGACUUCGGACUACCUAUUCACACCAGCAUGUACAAGAGUUUGAGGACAAACCUGCCUAAAGAAAUCAUGGGUUUCCCCGACUUCCCAGUGCCCGAGAGCGAGCAAUCUUACCUGCCCGCUAAAGAUAUGCUGGCGUUCCUCAAGCUUUAUGCAGACAAACACGGCGUUACGGAGAAAAUCAAAUUCAGCCACCACGUUCAACUAGUCAUACCAAAACAGGGUCCUUCAGGCGAGCUAUGGGAUGUCUCCUACAAGAACCUGCUGAACGGACACUCGGAGACCAGGGAAUAUGACUACGUGUUCGUCUGUAAUGGACAUUAUAAUACGCCGUUCAUACCACACAUACCAGGGCUUAAGGAAUUCCAGGGUGAUGUGAUGCAUAGCCACGACUACCGAGUACCAGACAUCUUCACCGACAAGCGAGUUCUGGUAAUUGGCGCCGGCCCCUCGGGCAUGGACAUCGCUUUGGAACUCACCAGCGUCUCCAAGAAGGUCAUCCUAAGCCAUCAUCUGAAAGACCAGCCCCGGACUGUGUUCCCGGAGAACUUGGAACAGAAACCAGACGUGGAGAGGCUUGAGGGACAUAAAGCUUGCUUCCUUGAUGGAACCGAAGAUGAAGUUGAUGUUGUUUUCCUAUGUACCGGUUAUCUCUACAAUUUCCCGUUCCUGCACGAGUCUUGUGACAUCGUGGUGGAGGACAACUGCGUGGAACCUCUCUACAAGCACGUGGUUAACAUGAACCAUCCCUCCAUGUGUUUCAUCGGAGUGCCCUACUACGUCUGCGCGUUCUCCAUGUUUGAUUUACAGGUGCGGUAUUAUGUCCGAUCAAUGAAUGGGACCUUCAACCUGCCUUCCACGGAAGAGAUGGCCAAACACUGGGAGGAGGAGAAACGAGAUAGAGCAGCAAGGGGCUACACCAAGCGACAGGCGCAUAUGAUGGGCCCUGACCAGGCUGACUACUACAUCUCCCUGGCUUCGGAGUCAGGCACCGAUCCCCUGCCGCCAGUCUUCACAAAGGUACAUAACGACAGCAGUCAGAAGUUCCUGGACAACCUUACCUGUUAUAGGAACGAUGUCUAUCGGAUUCUAGAUGAUGAGCAUUUCAUUUGUUAUUGAGUCCUAUGUUUUAUAUUUCAGUUGAGACUUAUUUUAAGUUCUUUCAUAGAUAAUAUGUUAGGAGUAGGACUUUUAUUACCUAUCUACUACAUUUCUGAACUUGUAUUUCACUAAGUACUUUUCAUAACGGUUAUUAAGUAGAAUAGUGUUUUUGCUAUACCUAGAUAAAACAUAGGUAAGGUAUGAAUUAAUUAUACAUUACAUUAGGUUUAGAAAUGAUGUAAACUUCUAUUUAAUUACUGUAUUAUCACACUAACAUAAUCGCAUUUAUCCUUCUGACAAUAAAAAUUGCCUGAUAUAUUUUGUUUCCUUUUGAGUAAAGGUGAAAAUCUAAAUUAAGGCAUAGUAUUUUGCAAUGACAUAUGAAUAUACAAUUGCGAACCUUUAGCAAAGAAUUCAGGGACAAUCAAAGUCUUUAUGACUAAAAGAAAAUAAUAAGUAAGUAGGUAAAGAUAUUUUAUUUUGUUCUUUAGAUAGCUAUUCUCCGUGCACAAUGUGUAUUUGUAACAACAGGUACCUAUACCUACCUGUAGUUUUUCAUGAAAAUAACUAGAUAGAUUGCAUGAUGUUGGUUAUGGUUCAGUUCACAUUCAAUGUUAUUCACCGCAAUUUCAAAGUUGCUGCUCCGUUAGCCUGGUGAUUCGGUAGUGAUGAUACUUACAACCAUGGGACUUGUGGGAUCCACGAUAUGUUUCUUGCCUCCCAAAUGCUAUGAAAAGUCUGCCAUUGGAUUUAGGCUAUUUCCAACUUCGUUUCUUUCGGAAACCUUUGCUUUCCAGGGCCGCGGUAACUCUUUCGCAGCCCCUGCAGGCUUUGGGCUUUGGGCUCUAGAGUCCCCUAUUUUACAGAUUGAUUACAAAGAAGCCAAAUGCCAUGGUCAUAGACAAUAGACAUUGAUCAUGGUUUACUGCCAUGAUUUGUCUAAUUUGACUUUCUUGAGUGGUAAUCUCUAUAAUUUCUGAUACUUAUACUUACGCAAAUACUUACUGCAAUCGCAACAAUCCUUAACUUGUUGUUUUUCUCGUUCUCGAAGUUUCAUCUCAUCUUCAUUUCGUCGAUAAUAUUAUCAGUUUUUAAUAGGUCAAGGUCUUAUCAGGACUGCUAUCGGUAUACUUUGGAAAAUAUACUUACCAUCCAAAAGAUAAUAACUAUUAGACGUUAUAGCUUAAUAGUUAGUAAAAAUCGAUACUCUGUAAUUCUAUACAUCUGUUUAAUGUAAUCUUUCUACCAAUACUUAGCUGUACCUUCAAUGGAAUAGUCAACUUAUCAGUCAUUUACUUCGAAGUUGUUGUUCAUGAAUAGAGUACAUUAUUAUGUCACUAUCAGUUAACUUCAUAAAUUCAAGCCUCACUCAUAAAUAAUUACGAAAUUACCUUACCUCAAUAUAGGAUGAUUUAUCCAAUAAAAAACAAAAGAAAAAAUCAUUUAUUUUCAUGUACACAACAAUCGAUUUAUAUACAAAUACCAGGAGUCCAUAAACCGCAAGAGAUUGCAGAACACUCGAUUGAACAACUAUCGCAAUGUAGUCCGCGCACCACGUCUUGAUACAAUCACCGCUUGGUCGGCACUAGUGCGCGCGAGUAACAUUUGCUUGCUAGUUUAGUUAGUAUUGCACUUUAGUUCAGCCUAGUUGGAGGUUAUCGAAUCGCUCGCCUUGGCUCGAUCAUUCGCUGCGAGUAAUCGAUGCGUCUUCCUUAGUUUAUAAUAAACAAGGAUAUCGUUACUAGCCGAGUACCGAUUUCCUUUGCAGCGG